UAUUUAAAUACUAAGUUGCAGAAAAAAGUACCAUUGCGAAAGCGGGUCUAAAAUAUUUGUUUUGGCAAGCGGUAAUGCCAUACUUUAGUCUGCGGUGCGUCAUUCUGGUACUGUACUUGGCUGAUGUAUUUAAACAGUCUUCUAUGGAAUGCCUGGCACCAUUUGAAUAAAGAAUUGCCCUUGAAAUAAACUGAAAAGCCCUUUUUAGAUCCAGAACUUAUCUUUUGCUUAUCGGCCUGAAUUAAACUUUGGGAAGCUUGGCGAUGAAAUUACUUGUAUUCUUUGGUCUUCUUGCCAUCAAUCUGCUGGAUUUGGUGUUCGGAGCUUGUCCAAGAAUUUAUACGAGAGCAGAAUGGAAGGCCAGGGCUCCCAAAUCGGUGUCGUACUUGAGUAACCCUGUGUCGUGGACCAUCAUCCACCACUCAGCCUCUGUGGGCUGUUCAUCGUUUGCUACUUGCGCAAAAUUUGUCAAGGAUUUUCAGGCCCAACACAUGGAUACGAACCUUUGGGACGACAUUGGCUACAGUUUCUUGAUCGGUGGAGAUGGAUCCGUGUACGAGGGAAGAGGUUGGAGCAGAGUUGGUUCGCACACUCCCAACUACAACAGUAACGGACUCGGAUUUUGCCUGAUUGGAGAUUUCACUUCCAAAGCCCCAGCCACAGUGCAACUCGAGGCUGUUAAAUCUUUAAUCGCCUGUGGUGUGGAGAAGAAGAUGAUUUCUGCACAAUACAAGCUGAUUGGACACAGGCAAGCUAAAGCAACCGAGUGCCCGGGACAAGCGCUUUACAACAUCAUCACAAAAUGGCCGCCGUGUCCGAGAAUUUAUAGCAGAGCCGAAUGGGGUGCCAGGCCUCCAAAUGGGGUGUCUUAUUUGUCGAACCCUGUGCCAUGGACGAUCAUACAUCACGCGGCAUCUGCGUCUUGCUCUUCCUUCGACACCUGUGCAAAACUCGUCAGGGAUUUCCAGAACCAGCACAUUGACGUCAACGGAUGGAAUGACAUUGGGUACAGUUUCGUGAUCGGUGGAGACGGAUCUAUUUUUGAGGGCAGAGGUUGGGACAAAGUCGGAGCUCACACUCCGGGCUACAACUCGAAUGGACUCGGAUUUUGCUUCAUUGGCAAUUACGUUUCCAACACUCCACCAGACGCGCAAUUGAACGCUGCUCAGGACCUGAUCGCGUGUGGAGUAGAUUUAGGAAUGAUUGCUUCCAAUUACAACCUAAUUGGGCACCGACAAGCAGUUGCAACCGAAUGCCCUGGACAAAGACUUUACGACAUCAUCAAGGCUCUGCUCACCCUACCAAGACCACCAAAUGGUGUUAGCUACUUGAAUAAUCCAGUGGAUUGGACUGUCAUACAUCAUGCCGAAUCUGCAGCUUGUUCAACCUUCGAUUCAUGCGCGGAAAUGGUUCGACAGUUUCAGAACUUCCAUAUGGACGAGAAUGGUUGGAACGACAUCGGUUAUAGCUUUGUCAUCGGGGGAGAAGGUUCCGUUUUCGAGGGCCGAGGCUGGGAUAAAGUUGGGGCACACACACCCGGAUAUAAUUCCAUCGGUCUCGGAUUCUGUUUCAUCGGAAACUUUUUCAGUGUGGAACCGACGCAAGUCCAGCAGAACGCAGUUCAGGAGUUGAUCAGCUGUGGAGUUGAAUUGGGCAUGAUUUCUGGCGACUAUAACUUGAUUGGCCAUCGUCAAGCAGUUGACACGGAUUGUCCUGGGGAUGCACUUUAUGAUAUCAUCACCAGCUGGCCUCAUUGGGUCAAUGUCCUUCGACUGGAAUAA